AUGGAUGUUGGGCCACCAUCUUUGCACGGUUGUUGCCACCACUGCUACAGGUCCAAGACAAAGCGACACAAAGCCGUUGUUGCACAACCGCCUGGCCGGCACUUCCAAACGAUCGUGUCCUCCAUUUGCGCCCUUCAACGUCAGAACUCGGCCUCCAUCUGUCCCACUGCCAGAACUCCCCCAAGUCCAAUGCCACUGCGAUUGCCCUGGGGCGCAGCCACAGAUGCAGUUUCCUUUCCUAACAACAUUCGCCCCUCGAACGCAAACGCCACCCAACGUUCAGGAAUGGAACCUUCGGCGGUGCACGCUCUUCAAGGACGUCUCCCCUGA